AUGUCCAUGGACGACUGCUUCAUCCCGCUCCCGUCCCCACUCCAUGACCGCUGGCGGUGCGGCUCUCACCCCUGCCUCUCCCAGCUAGAUCUGGACGAGCGCGCGGCCGCCGGUUCUGGCACGGCGGUCGAGGGAGCUGCCUCGCAUGGCGUUCCCAGACGCAUCCUGCGGAGCCCUAACCGCCCACUCGCCGUCCCCCCGAGGCGCCCCCCUCCUCCUCCCCUCGAUCCGCUGCCUACGUAUAAGGGGGGUUCGCUGCAUGCCUUCCCAGAGGAGGAGCCAAAGCAACACCAAGUCGCAGUUUCACGCGCCGCUUCUAAGGGGAGAUAUGCAAGGUUUAAAGAGAAUUUGAAUGCCAAGCCACAGGAGACGAAGCAACACCACCAUCAAGUUGCUGUCUCAUGUGCCGCUUCAAAAGGGAGGAAUCGAAAUGGUUGGAUGUCCCAUGAGAGGAGCACUCCUGAAGGUAUCAACAUGAAGGAACAUGCUUGGAGGUUUCGGUUCCCCUUCCCUGAACUCCCGAAGUCGACUUACCGUGGUGACCUGAAUUCCCUUGGAAGGCCAGUUGUAAUGAAGCAGAGGAAACCCCUGGAGGUGAGGAACGCUCGCCGUGAAAGAAGAGUCGCGGCCAAACAAAAGGCUGCACGCUACCAUGCGGAGGUGGCCCUGCGUAAAUACAACAGAGCAAACAACACCAAGUUUGAGCUGGUGGAGGUAAAAGUGAUAUCUAUAUUUUCCGAGUUUGGAGGGGCUGGGGCCCAUUAUAACUUCACAGCUAAGCAGCCUGAGGACCAGCUUUCUGCUGAUGCCAACAGUACCAAGCUAUUCUUCUCCGAAGUUAACCUUGAUUUUCGGAGCGAGAAUGAUGUGAUCAUGUGCUGUAUAGUUGGGGAAAAUGACGCAGGCCAUUGCUAUGGAUGCAAAAACUACCAGCCUGUGAUUCACCCGAGCAGCCAAGCAUACGGCGGCGGUAGUAGUACUUGUAUUGACUACCCUUAUCCCGACAGCGAGAGCUCAGACAGCGAUUAG